AUGCUUCAUGAUCGAAAGUCCAACACGAGCCUGGACUUGGCAAUCGCAGAGAACCAUCUGAUCCGGAAUGAGCUGGUUGAAAUAUGCAAAGAUAUUUUCCAGAAGAAGCUGCGCUGCGAAAACCUGUCCUACCCUCAGGGAUUCGGGGGCGACCCUGAGCUACUUGAAGCCCUCGCCGCCUUUUUCAACCGAUAUUUUAGCCCACAUGUCCCAGUUGAACCAGCUCAUGUGGUGGCGGGACCAGGAGCCACUAGCUGCCUCACGGCGCUCCUGUUUGGUAUAUGCAAUGCAGGAGAGUCUGUCAUUAUUCCGGGAUCGUAUUGGAGUGGCUUCGACUUUCACAUGUCCCUGCUUCCUGGGGUCACUAUUGUUAAUUUUCCCGUGGCACGAGAAGAUCCAAGCGAAGAGACUGAUGAACAGAACUUGAUGCGUUGUCUCGAAGCUUCGAUAGCAGCCUGCGGAGCUAAAGAACCUCGAGCUGUUGUUCUGACGAACCCGCACAAUCCAACCGGUCGGUGCUAUACAAAGCCAGCGCUGGAGAGCGUCGCACAGUUCUGCGAGUCCAAUGGUCUGCAUCUCAUCAUGGAUGAGGUAUAUGGCCUCAGUCUUCUCCAAUCAUCGUCUCAAGAGACGAGAUUUAUAUCUUCUUUGUCUUUGGAUCUGCCAUCUCUUGGUGUAAACCCUGAAAGAGUCCACGUCUUAUGGAGCACGAGCAAAGACUUUGGCAGCAGUGGCUUCCGCAUGGGAUGCAUCGUGUCGCAAGCCAAUACCGCAGUCUGCGCUAGUGUCGGCAUGUUGACGACGACGCAGACUUCCACUCUCGCGUCACUAAUUACGACUGUUCUUUUGCGCCAUCCGAAGCUGCCCCAGCUCAUAACGCUGAAUCAACAACGCCUGACUGUUGCUUACAUUAAAAUUACCUCAUGGCUGAGCAAGCAUGACAUCCGAUACGUGGAAACCACCGGCGGCGUGUACGUUCUCGCUCGCCUGGCUCCGCUGGCCGAGAGCUGGGCCGAAGAAGCCAAUUUAAUGACCAAGUUGAAAGCGGCAGGUGUUGUUGUUGCGACAGGGCGCUCAUUCCACCUUUCGGAGAGCUGUAAGGGCUGGUUCCGCAUCAUCUUUGCAGUGGCGCCAGAUGUGUUGGACAAAGCACUCGGGCGAAUGGAAGAAGCCUUGGGCUUUGGCCAGAAAGAGGCAAAUUUCCGAAUUGAACGAAAAAAAUACUUUGCAUUAAAUGUAUAA